AGUCAAGGUACGUUGACCUCAUUUUGUGCUGCACCUGCAGCAAGAAUACACACCCCUGUCAUACCUCGCAAAGCGGCAUGGGCUGAGGCUGAAGGACUCCGUACCCAACAGUGCGGAGAGGAGCAACCGCUCUGUAAGCGAUGUACUCGGGCGGGUCUACAAUGCGAGGGCUAUCCCAAGCCGGCAUUACGCUUCCAGAUUCUACUUCCACCUGGGAGUAACCCCCCUUCUCCUCCUCGAGACGGAAGGACCACGAACCACCAGGAUGAGUAUGAUUCAGAAGAAGCGAGGUCGAGAUUGUCCGGGCAGAGUGAAGCUCCACUACACAAUCCCAUCUCAGUGCCUACGGAACAGAAAGCUCGAGAACUUUUGCAUUGUGCCGUCUUGAUCGAUACACGUUCAAACUGGCCGACUUCGAAUGACCCCAGCUUAGCGUCCCCUGUCUGGCCACGAUGGCCGAUCCCGUACAGGUCCUGGCUCGCUUACAUCCCCAGUCGGCUCGGUUACAGCAGAUCAUUAGACGCCGCAAGUGAGCUGCUAGUCGUGGCCACCAGAGCAUGUCGCUGUUCUGACCCCAGUACUCAGAGCGUCCAGGAAAUCUGCCGGACACCCUACGUACAGGCCCUACGCUCUCUUCAGGAGGCGAUCACGACUCCCGAGGAAGCCCUUUCCGCAGAAGUACUUUGCGCCACGAUGCUGCUGGGUCUCUACGAGUUGAUGGUCAACAGGGAUGAUUGCCGAUGGUUGACACACGCCGGUGGUGCUUCUCGCCUGAUCCAACUUCGAGGUUCUUCGAGACACCUCGAGACCGAUUUCGAAAAAGCUUUGUUCCAGGUACAGCUUCCUCUGGCUGUGUUGAAGGCUAGAACCCCACGGGCAACCGACGCAACAACACUUCCAAGUCUUCCAUAUCUCGACACACCCGAGUGGGCUCGGGUCAUAGAAGCCACAAACGUUCCUUCGAAUGGACCAUUGUACUAUUUCCCCACUCGAGCCCGGUUGUAUCAGAUGUUGCUUCAAUUACCGCGAUUACGCAGAGAGAUCCUCCACGUGCUCGAGUCUGCUUCUGCUGCUGCUGGCGAUGAAACUACCCUCGAUCAGGAUUACGUCGAGAGGCUUCUGAGGUCGUUGGUAGACCGGUGGACAGAGGCACGACAGAUCUUUAGUCUUUGGAUAGACCAUGUUACUCAGUGGACACAGCCAGCGGGUACUACUAGUACUUACCAAGAUACAAAUUCAACAAACAACGAGCAACAAUACACCGAAGCAGAAAUGUUUACGGCGUUACCCAAAAGAGAUGGCGAAACCUCAACGAUACACCUUAGACCACACCAGAUUCACACCUAUACGACUUUCAACGUCCUCUUACACGAGACAAAUAUGGAAUUGCUCUGUUUCCAAUGGGAUGAUGAGCUGGUUCUCGACAGCAAACAUCUCGCGAACGAGAGGGUAAGAGCUUCUGAAUAUAUAGAGAGGAACGCACCUUUUCUGGCCCGCUCGUGUCCUCGGUUCACGGUGCCGUGGACGGUUCAGGCUCGAAUCAUGACGGCUGCUCUGGAAGAUUGGUCCCGCAGGUCCAAUUCGAGAUCAAAUUCACGAAUGACCUUCUCUCAUGCUUGGGUAGAUCCAGAAGUUUGGUCCAGAUGGAUCAGUGGGAGUUAUUAUUGUGGCAAUGUCGCCAUUUCCUGAAGGUUCAAAACCUUCUACUUGAUCAUGGCAUGAUAUAUCUAGACUUAUAUUUCCAACAUCUCGAC